AUUCCAUCGCCACAGGUGCAGGUGCAAAUAUGGAUGCUGGCGAAGGGGCAAAGACAAAGACCGUCACCGAGGCCCGUGACGAUGGGAGAGCAGGCAAGAGCGGUACAUCGACAUCUUCGCAGGGGAAAGCGCCUGGCGAGAAGAGCGCCAAUGAUGACGAUCGAGCCGCAAGCGCAAGCGAGAAAGACAAGAAUGCAGCAAAGGAAGGCUAAUAUGUGUGUCAUGGGGCGGCCUGCUGGCACCUCGGGUCGCGGAACGGCACUUCUGAUCUCCUCCCUUGAGCAUUGGCUAAUGACGGAAGGAGCGAAAGACUUGCAAGGGCGCGUACGAGGAAAGCUUGCUAGCAGCUGCGUCUGGCAGCUAGUCUGCUGCGCUUUGCAUUCUCAUUGUAGAACGUUCCAUGUAGAUGCAUUUUGCCACCUCUCUCUGACAUUCAUCGAAGCUCGAAGCGCGGACAUUGCAUUUGCUGCGAAGCCCGGGGCGUUCUGUAUUCAUUCAUCGGACAGGCGCCGGGAGCUCGGAAGACGACCCCUGCCGCCCACCCGCCGGCAGCCUAUUCAGCUCGAUCGAGCCAUCACCCAGGUGCAUGUAGCAGUGCGUCACUGGUGAACAGCAGAAUGCCAAUCGAGAUGCAUUCACACGGUGCACCGUUUCGACUUUCGACGCAUGACACUCCAAGGCGAUGACCAAUUGCCGCCGAUUGGGCGUGCACCAGUGCGAGCUCCGACGGCUUGCUGAGGUAGACUCAACUCAAACUCAACUAUCACAAGUGGCGAAGCAAACUAGAGGUCGUCGAUGUUCCGAAGCCCGCCUUGAGGCAGCUUUAAUGCCACGUGACCAUCCAAGAAUCACAUUCAUUCUGCCGCCGUUCUCCCCGACACCCCAAACAAUUCCAUGUGCUUGGUUAAAUGUAUUGAAAGUCUUCUGU